GGCGCGCAGGCGGUCUGCUGGUCCCCCGGGGCCGCUGGGCACACGGGGGCGGCGUCCCCGCAGAACCUGCGGGUGGAGGGGGCUUACUGGUCGUCGGGUAGGAAGACCCUUACCCGUCUUCACGUCCCAGACAAGCCUUGGUGCUUGGCUUCGGAGCUCCCCAGAGCCGUUUGUCCCAGCCAUCAGCUGCAAGACCUUCACUUGCCUCCAUUCUCUGAGCAGCAGGAUCUGAGAGUCCAGGAGCAUCAGUGAAGGGAAGAUGUCUAAUGAACCACCCCCUCCUUAUCCUGGGGGCCCUACAGCCCCCCUUCUAGAGGAGAAAAGUGGAGCUCCACGUACCCCAGGCCGCACCUCCCCAGCUGUGAUGCAGCCCCCACCAGGCAUGCCACUGCCCCCUGCAGACAUUGGUCCGCCACCCUAUGAGCCACCAGGCCACCCAAUGUCCCAGCCUGGAUUCAUUCCCCCCCAUGUGGGUUCAGAUGGCACCUACAUGCCUCCAGGUUUCUACCCUCCUCCAGGACCUCAUCCACCCAUGGGCUACUACCCACCAGGACCCUACCCACCAGGGCCCUACCCAGGUCCAGGGGGCCACACGGCCACCGUUUUGGUCCCUUCAGGGGCAGCCACCACGGUGACAGUCCUACAAGGAGAGAUUUUUGAAGGUGCACCGGUACAGACGGUGUGUCCUCACUGCCAGCAGGCCAUCACCACCAAGAUCUCCUAUGAGAUCGGCCUGAUGAACUUUGUGCUGGGUUUCUUCUGCUGCUUCAUGGGGUGUGAUCUGGGCUGCUGCUUGAUCCCUUGCCUCAUCAAUGACUUCAAGGAUGUGACACACACAUGCCCCAGCUGCAAAGCCUACAUCUACACAUACAAGCGCUUGUGCUAACGGAGCAAGGCUCGGACUCCCCCACCUAUCAAUCUGGCCCCCCGUGCUUUGCUCCCCAUGCUCAGUGGUCGCUUCCCUACUCCCAUACCCUGGGUUUGGAAGCUGUGCCACCAUCCCCAGAAAUCCUGUCCUCACCCUGCCCUACCCUGAGCAUCUGACUCUUCCAACAAAAAAUGUUGGAUUUAAAGGCCAAAGGCCAGUAGGUGGCAGAGGGGUGGCACUGAACUUGUGCAUUGCUGGUUGUUUGGCAUUUCUGAUCUAGAAGAUAAUCUGGGAAAGUUCUCCUACAGGGGUCUUUAGUCCUCCAUUUCCGUCCAAGGUCCAGUCUUGGUCCUGGCUUUCCCUGGGACCAAAAGCAACUCAAGCAGUAGUGGGUCCCAGUCUGAGGGCUGUGCCUGGAGCCACAGUUUCUGAUAUGUUGGGCCUAGAAUGAGCGUUGCCAAGCUGAGUGGACCCAAGCAGGACAGGGUCUUGAGGCCUGGGUUUGUUACAGGACGUUGUCCCUCUAGGGUACUACAGGCAAGACAACAGAAAUAGUGACAGCCAACUCUGGCCCUCAGAACUCUCAGGUAUGGAAACCCAGGAUCUCAAACCCCCUGUCCAAGUGCCCAAAAGCUGCCUGGUGUAAGGUAGAAAGGAUGCUAGGCAAAUCAUAGCCCUGGUAGCCAAGAAGGACUCUCCCUUGCCCCUUGCAGCUUUCAAGGUGGUGUACAGACUCCCUUUCUGGCCACACUUGUGAACCCCUGUAUUUUCUGGGGCCAGAAGGAAUACCAUGAGCCUAGUGUCUCCUGUUUACCCUCUGUCCUCUCUGUGUGUGGGUGUGACCUCUGGUGGCUGCUAUGUCCCAACUGGGACAGAUGGCAGGUUCACUGGGAUAUGCAACGCCCUCUCCAUUGGCUCACUUCCAGAAAGCACUGGGCCCUCCUUUGCUUGUGGCUGCCGCUGUUGCUGUGCUGGCCCCUGCACUGGACUGGGGACCAGGAAGGAGCAGCUGAGUAGUAGGGGUACUUACUCUGGUGGACACCAGCCCUGUUGGGGUGCAAGCCCAGACCUGUCUUUGCUUUCCGAAUGGUUGGUAUGUGGAUGCUAUAUCCUGUUGCUGUCCCUCUCCUGGUCUCGCACUGCCAUUGCAUGGCCUCUUGUCACUGUGAAUUGUGGCCUGGUCUCAGUUUGUAGUUCCUCAUUAAAAUGGCCCUUUCACUCCCCUGGCCUGGGCCUCUGCUCUCUUGCCUGGCUUCCUUCUUUCUGGGGAAGAGAGGGUGGGGCUAUAGUAGUCUUAAUUCAGGCAGGGCUUGAGCCCAACUACCUGGGAGACAAUAUUAAUAUUUAAGGACCUAAUUAUGGCAAAUCAGAGUCAGAUAUAGACAAAUCCCAGGGAAUCCUGCAGUGACUAGCCAGCACACUAGUGCUCUCAGCACUAGCUGUAAAGUCACCUUACUCUUUCUGAUACUGGUUCUAGCCAUCUAUGCUCCUUGGAAUUUGCCUCAAAGGAUCUAUAAACUGGAGACCCCUUUCCCUCCAAGUUUUGGCUUGCCUUUCUUCUACCUUGUAGAUGUUACUCUUGGUCCUUUAGCAGGAUAGAGCCACUGAGCCAAGGCUUAUGGUCUGAAAGUAAUGGAGUACAGUCUCGGGCACCCAAGUUCAAAGCUGUGAAUGUGAUAGACUCAGUUUCUGUAGUUUUCCCGCCAUUUCACAACCUUUUUUCGAAUAAAACUUUUAAAAGUAA